AGAAGGGCAGUCCAGCACAAAAGUUGAAGCAGGUACUCUUUUUCAAAUUUUCUGCAAUUGCCACCAGCACCAAUUUUGCUGCCAAGUUAGCUGCGAGAAGCGCCUUUCUUAGAAGGUGAAGGCCAUUCCAAGCAUUGGACCAACCUACUUUGCAGAGGAAGGUGCUCUUCGCAUCCAGCAACAAAGUCGCCACCACUGUCGCCUCCAGAAAAUUGGCCACUAGGCACCUCACACUCUUUUCUGAAUUUUGCCAAAGACACCUGUAAUUCAGAACCAGAUUCUUCCUCUCGAAUUCCCUAGGUGUUCUACAAUUGCGCCCCACAGCGCCCGCUUGACGCAGACGACAGCUUAAGAUCCGCACCACCAUCAUGGGUCAAUGCUGCAGUAGCGGAACGGAUGAGGACGCAGUUUUUCAGGGGUCACGCAGCCAAGCGCGAGAAGAGGCGCAGGAUGCGGCGGCGCUCAUGGGCCAGGCGCGGGGCCUGGCUUCCCCCGUCGACAUCAGCAUCAGCGCCAGGAACCUUAAAAACCUGGACACUUUCUCCAAGUCAGACCCUAUGGCCGUCCUCCUGACGCAGAGCGCGGCGGGGCAGUGGCGCGAAGUAGGGCGCACUGAGGUAAUCAGCAACUCAACAGAGCCCCGCUUUGUGAAGCAGCUUCGAGCCCUGUAUGCAUUUGAGGAGCGUCAGCUGAUGAAAGUGCAACUGUGGGACGUUGACACGCAGAUCGGCACCAAUGUUUCUCAGAAGGUGGACCUCUCCCGCCAAGACUUCAUCGGCGAAGUCGAGUUCGUUCUCGCUGAGGUCAUCACUACUGCCGGCCAAAAGCUUACGCGCCCUGUGAGGAACCUCCAGCGUCCCGAACGAGCUCAGGGCACAGUCACAGUGCGAGCUGAGGAGGUCACCGGGAGCAAUGCCAACGUCACCCUCCGGCUGCGGGCUGAAAGCGUCGACAGGAAGGACGUUGUCGGAAGCAGUGACCCAUUUCUCUUCCUCUCCCGCCUCAACGAAGAUGGAACGCAAAGCCCCGUCUUCAAGUCCGAAGUGAAGCACAACACGCUGCACCCGGCUUGGAAUCCCAUCCGCAUCUCGCUCCAACACCUGUGCAACGGCGACCUGGACCGCCCGCUCGCGGUGCGCGUUUCCGACUGGAACCGGAGCGGCAAGCAUGACGUCAUCGGGGAGUGCAGCACGAGUCUACGCGACCUGCAGGCUCGCGCGGCCAGCACCGCGCGGCUGCCGCUGAAAAACGAGCGCAAGGCGGUGGCGAACAAGGGCUACGUCGACUCGGGCAAACUGGUCGUGGACGAGGCGAGCGUCACCCCGCGGCCUAGCUUUCUGGAGUACAUCCGGGGCGGUCUGGAGGUCAGCUUCCUGGUGGCCAUCGACUUCACCGCUUCCAACGGGAAUCCCAACGACCCCGCCUCCCUCCACUUUGUCAGCCCCGACGGCCGCUUCAAUCCGUACCAGCAGGCCAUCGUGUCCGUGGGCGAAGUCCUUGAGUUUUACGACACCGACAAGCAGUUCCCGGCGUGGGGCUUCGGCGGUAAACUCGGCACGGAACCUGUGUCGCACUGCUUCGCACUCAACGGCACCGACCGCAACCCGACAGUCGAUGGCGUGCGUGGCGUUUUGGAUGCCUACUCGUCUGCCAUCCGCCAGGUGGCACUCGCCGGGCCCACGCUCUUCACCCCGAUCAUCCACACCGCCUGCGAGUACGCCGGCCGCGAGCCCUCCGCGCCCGACGCGCAAGCGUACUACGUGCUGCUCAUCAUCACGGAUGGCGUCAUCAACGACAUGGAGAGCACGAUCGGCGCGAUCGUGCACGCGUCACGUCUUCCGCUGAGCAUUCUGAUCGUGGGCGUUGGGGCCGCGGAUUUUUCGGCGAUGGACGUAUUGGACGCCGACGAGCGGUGGCUGAGUCACAAUGGCGUGGCAGCGGCGCGCGACAUCGUCCAAUUUGUGCCCAUUUCCAGGCUGCUCGCGCAGAAUCAACGGCCUGGCGCAGGGACCGGCUUCUCGCAACAGCUCGCCACGGAGCUGCUGGCCGAACUGCCGCAACAGGUUGUGGGAUACAUGACGUCAAACAACAUCCUCCCUAAGCCGCCACGCUACGCCACCCUAGACAGCACCAAGCCUCUGACUGCGGCUCCUCCUCUGGCCCCUCUCGAUCCGUCCGCACCCUCAGCGCCAUCGCUCUGAGUAGAAGUUUGUUUCGAUCAGGAGAAGGCACGCAGAGAAAAUACGCGGCACGGAUGCAAAGAACAGGGAAGAGGAAGCGAAAAGAAGAGUGAUUGACCCGGUUCAUAAGAGAGCAAAGCCCCUCCAAAUUUGGCAUAUGUGCCUUGUUAAGAAAAUGACUGUUUAAGUAUCAAGGAAAG